AUGUUGAAGGCAUUAGUAUAUCCGUGGCUGUUGUUGCUGCUGUCGUUGUAUGUAUCCAUCGCGGCUGCAUACAAUGGUUUCGGCUGUGGCUGUGAUGAGGAAGGGUAUUGGAGCUUUGAGAAAAUCUUAGAUUGGCAAAAAGCCUGUGAUUUCUUGAUUGCAAUUGCUUACUUCUCGAUACCGAUUGAACUCAUUUACUUCGUUACCUGCUCCACCUUUCCUUACAAAUGGGUGCUGGUUCAGUUCGUCUUGUUCAUUGUCCUGUGCGGGAUGACUCAUUUGCUGAAUGGUUGGACGUAUGGACCUCACACCUUUCAACUCAUGCUGUAUCUCACCGUUUUCAAGUUUCUCACUGCCCUCGUCUCAUUUGCAACGGCUAUAACCCUUUUCACCCUCAUCCCGCAGCUGCUCAAGGUGAAGGUGAGGGAGAUCAUGCUGAGGAAGAAGACAGGGGAUCUUGAUCGGGAAGUUUCGAUUAUCAGGAAGCAGAAGGAACAUGCCACGCGUGUUAGGAUGCUGACACGUGAGAUACGCAAGUAUCUUGAUCGCCAUACUAUUUUCUACACAACUCUGGUUGAGCUGUCAAAGGUUUUGGAUUUGGAAAACUGCGUUGUUUGGAUGCCAAACUCGGGUAGAACGGAGAUUAACCUAACGCAUGAUUUGAGAGAGAAAAGCCUCCCAAAUACACAUAAUUCAGUUAUCCCUAUUAGUGAGCCUGAUGUGAGAAGGGUCAAGGGAAGUGAACGGGUGAGGAUACUUGAUCCCGAAUCUCCACUUUCUAUUGCAAGCAGUAGGGAAGUUGGUGAACCGGGAUGUGUGGCUGCGAUCAGGAUGCCAAUAUUGAAGGUUUCCCAUUUCAAAAACGGCACUCCUGAGAUGGUCCAAGCCUGUUAUGCUAUUCUCGUCUUGGUCCUUCCCAGUGGACUGGGUCGAACAUGGAGUAAGCAAGAACUCGAGAUGGUGGAGGUGGUUGCUGAUCAAGUUGCUGUGGCUCUCUCACAUGCAGCUGUUGUUGAAGAAGCCCUAUCCUUGACAGCAACGCUCGAGGAACAAAAACGAACACUGCAGCAGGCCAACCGGAACACAAUGAUGGCAAGUCAAGCGCGCUAUGAAUUUAAGAAGGUGAUGAGUAACGGAUUAAGAAGGCCGAUGCACUCGAUUCUUGGCCUGCUAUCAGUGCUACAGGAUGAACCGCUUAGUGACGAGCAGCUUCUUCUCAUUGGCACGACGUUCAAGGCUGGUAAUGUUCUUUCGACACUGAUAAAUGAUGUCAUGGAAACUGCAGGAAAGGAUUAUAGCAGAUUCCCUUUGCAUAUGAGGCCCUUCGAGCUUCACUCUAUGAUAAAAGAAGCUGCAUGCCUCUUUAAUUGCAUGUGUGCUCUUAGGGGUUACAAUUUUUCUAUUAAAGUGGAUAAGUCAAUGCCAAAAUAUGUGUUAGGUGAUGAGACAAGAGUGUUUCAGGUGAUUCUGCAUAUGAUUGGUAAUCUGUUAAAUGCAAGCAGAGGAGGUGGAUUUCUUUUGUUACGAGUGCAUUCAGCGAACGGGAGUCAGGUGUGGAAUGACCAGAGACGAGGCCAAUGGAGGUCGAAUUCAUCGGAUAGAUAUGCUUAUGUUAGGCUUGAAGCCGGUAUUCGUCAUACCAAUUCUGGUUCCCAGUCAGGCAACAGUUCUGUGAUUCAAUACAGUAGCCAGAGAUGCUCCGGUGGAGGCAAGGAAAUCAUGAGCUUUGACAUGUGUAAAAAAAUCGUUCAGAUGAUGCAAGGAGACAUCUGGAUGGUAUCGAAUCCGGAGGGCUUCGAUCGAAGCAUAGUUCUCGUCUUGCAGUUCCAGGCGCGGGCAUCCUUUGCAGUAGACAUAGUAGAACAGGAGCAAUCUAUUAAGCGCAUGCAAUCCAACUCCGUCUUCAAAGGUCUGCAAAUUCUCCUAGCUGAUGCUGAUGCUGGGAACAGAGCCGUGACAAGGAGGUUGCUGGAGAAGCUGGGGUGCGUUGUGACCGCAGUCUCAUCUGGAUCCGAAUGCCUCAGAGCUGUUGGUCCGUCCGUGCCCCCGUUCCAAGUCGUGCUUCUGGACAUUCACCUCCCCGACUUGGAUGGCUUCGAAGUUGCUGAGGAGCUGCGCAAGGAUGAAAGCCGGAACUGGCUGCUGAUUGUCGCCUUUACUGCAAGCGACGAGAAAGAGACUAGGGAGAAGUGCUUGGAGGUUGGGAUGAAUGGUGUUUUGGCGAAACCAGGUUCGUCUCACGAUCUUGCGCGUGAGCUCGAGUGUAUUUUGCUGCGGCGAAGUCGACGAUAUAACUAGAUACAGUGUUAGUUGAUUCAAUGAACUAACCUAAUUCUGCCUUUUAGAAUAAACGCAAAGGCACAAACAAGUGUUGUGUAGCGAAUAUUAUCGAUGGAUUCACAGUAUAUAAUACAAUCAGAUAGA